CUCCAUCAGCCAAACCCAAAACCCACCGCAAGCGUUCACGUGCGCGGCGGCAUUAAUCAUCAACCCAUCUGUCCAGCUUGAUCCUGACUUUCACGUCGGUUCCAAAGCCAGGUCGCCAUCCUUCAGCUUGCUUGGGCACAGCAGACCAGAGUAGAUUCCUCCGAGAUGGACGACGAUACUGCCACGCGGCGCGCCACCAGCUCCAUUUCUGCACUCCCUCCGGAGACACUAGUAGAGAUAUUCGACGUGUGUCGCAUUCGCCACCACUACGAUGACCUUGAUCUGGACGCCCUCACCGUGCGCGCCGGGCCGCCCACUGUCACGGCCGUCUGCGCGAAUUGGCGCCGCCUCGCUAUUGCCUCGCCGUCACUAUGGACCGACGUUCAUCUCAAUAUUUACUCUCCGGCAGUCCUCCCCGAUGCGGCACCUCUUCUCGAGACCUUCCUAUCGCGGUCGAUGAACCUACCCCUCCACGUCUGCAUCACACUGCGUCGCAGCAUCGUUUGGGAAGAGCAGGAAGUGCUGCCCCUCCGCUUGCUUGUCGAGCAGAGCAUGCGAUGGGCCUCUCUCGAAGCCUGCGUCGAUAUAUUUCUCUGUCGUUCUCUGAUUCCUAUCUACGGUCGCCUCCCUAUCCUCCGGACCGUGCGUUUCAAGACGCUGACGAAAUGUGACAAUGUGGAGUGGGCGCCAUUCCGUGAUAUAUUCAGCGACUGCCCGAUGCUGAUCAAUUUCGAUGGAGAGUCCGACUCCCCGUUCUUGCUACCCUGGGAGCAGCUACAGCGGCUAAAGCUUCGCCUGUCGAUCCCCACAGAGGCGGCAGAGCGUGCAACGCGUGUACGCGCCCUGAGCCUCACUUGGUACAGCUCGGAUUCUCAUACGCCCGACGUGAACGAUAUCCUACACCGACCUCACCUCCAGAAGGCGACCCUCGAGUUCCAUCUUCUCCGCCGCAUACGAGCGCCGUUGCUAUCUGAAUGUCACAUUGACGAUAUCGUUGGCCUCCACGCAAUGCGUCCCCAACGUAUACAGGAUGUUGCAGACUAUAUUCGCGCGAACUGCAAUUCGAUUACCACGCUGUCGCUGCGUCCCAGUCCAGUCGAUCCUGAGGCGCUACAAGCGCUUCUGAUGAAGUGCCCCGCCCUGCGUCGGCUGCAGUUGGAGAUACUUACGAACUACGAGGCGUCUGACGAAGACGACGCCCGAGUGCAUACGCGGAUGACCAAAGCACUUACCGUAUGUGCGGGCGAAGUACCACUGCUCCCCGCCCUCGUCGACUUGCGCGUUAUCAUGCGCAGCGUCCGCUCUGCCGAAUCCGUCAGCGGAUAUGAACAAGUGCUUCGGUCGCGCACAUUGCCCCACGAUGGAGUGGCUGCCCUCCAGUCAUUCACGCUCAAAGUACAAGCGGGUCUGGGUCCCCAGCUGGCUGACGUUCUCGCACGGCUCUCGAGGUUCAACUCAGAGGGCUGCCACGCCGGAUGUGGGCCAAAAGUUGAUAUCGAGGAGGGGGUAUCAUACUGGAAGCUAGAAAACACGUGGGAUCGCUGGACAGAAGUAUAGAGUAGGCGUAAAUCAUGGCUCGAAUUCGACUGCCCGCGGCGAUGACAAAACGCUGCAUUGUUCUCACCGGUGAUGACUUUGGAGGGAAAAUAGGCAUAUAUCGAUCUCACAGUUUAUGACGCUCAUAUUUGGGCCUGCAUAAAGCGAUGAUUUCACAGCAGCACU